AUGGAGAAUAAAUGGAGAAAAUCUUCUUACACGGAUUCACGAAUUGAAUUCAUUCCAGUUGGCAGCGACCGACUCUAUGAUGAAUUCAAUCGUCUAUCAUCCUGCCGUGUGACAUCUUAUACCUGGGGACAAUUCUUCCAGCGAGAUAUUCAACUUCUUGGCGACAAACUAUCGUGGCAUGAUCUUGCUUGUCUACAUCCAAUAAUUGAAUUCUCGAUAUGCGUGGCUCCACGAUGGGAUUGCGCUUCAGAAUGUCGAGUCGGCCUCAUUUUUUCUGAUGGACACCAUUGGGAAUGCGAACGAACUUUUCCACAAUGGAACGAUAGCAAGUGGCACCGAUUGACUUAUCAUUACAAGGAAUAUCAACAGUUUCCCACAUCGGUGACUGUACAAUUGUCUGGCAAAGAUAGACAGUUCUGGGCAGGAUACUACGGUGUGAAGUUCGCUCAAACUCGGCUUCGACUGCUCUUUCAUAUAGAUGAAAACAAAACAAAUCAAGAGAACGAAACAAUCAUAGAAGCGAAAGUCGAAGACGAACCUAGGCAAAAUCCACAACCAGAAGAUGCGCCCGACAACUUACCCGUAGAUGAAUAUUUCACUCAUCAAGAUUCAUCAACAGUCUACUCAUCGUCUAACGAUACCGACUCAGAUGAUGGUUGA